UUGGAUUUUGGGAGCUAAGCGGAACGUUUCCAGUCUUAUCUUCAAAUGUGUUAUUUGCCGGAAGCUCAGAAGGACCUGUGAAACACAGAAAAUGGCAGACUUACCACCUGACAGACUUAGCACAGAUCCUCCAUUCACUCACAUCGGCCUGGAUGUAUUUGGUCCUUGGUCGGUUUGCUCCAGACGUACCCGUGGAGGUAAAGCCAACAGCAAGAGGUGGGCAGUUCUUUUCACCUGUCUCAGCAUCCGUGCCAUCCACGUAGAGAUUGUAGAAUCCAUGGAUGCCUCAAGUUUCAUAAAUGCCUUGAGAAGGUUCUUUGCUAUUCGUGGCCCAGUCAAAACAAUCAGAUCAGACAGAGGAACGAACUUCGUAGGUGCUUGCCAUGAACUCAAAAUCUCCUCUAACCUCAAUGAUGAAAAGGUAGAGAGUUUUCUUUCAAGGCAAGAAGUAUCUUGGAUUUUUAACCCCCCUUUCGCUUCCCACAUGGGAGGAGUGUGGGAAAGGAUGAUUGGAAUCACCAAGAGGAUACUAGACUCCAUGUUUUUGCAACAACCUUCAAGGCUUACUCAUGAGGUGCUAGUUACUUUGAUGGCAGAAGUGACUGCUAUUGUAAACUCAAGACCGUUGAUACCAGUCUCAACAGAUCCUGAAGAUCCACAAAUCCUUACUCCAGCAACCUUAAUAACUCAAAAGAUUGCACCUUAUCCAGUGUUGUCCGAAACAUUUGAUAGUAAAGACCUCUACAAACGACAGUGGAGACAGGUCCAGAGCCUGGCUAAAGACUUUUGGCACAAAUGGUACAAACAGUAUUUGGCUACUCUCCAGGAACGAAAGAAGUGGCAGGCAGACAGGCCUAAUGUUCAGCAGGGUGACAUCGUGCUUCUAAAAAACCACCAAACCAAGCAGAUUAAGUGGCCUAUGGGUCGAGUGACAAAGACCUUCCCUCACGAUGAUGGUAGGGUCCGUAAGGUAGAGGUGAGAGUAAACACAGAAGGAAGUUCAGCUUUGUUCAUUAGACCAGUAACAGAACUUGUCUUGCUCUUAUCUCCUUCAGAGUAACUUUCGGUGGUCUGGUAAAUUGUGGUAUCUCUAACAGAUACCAGGCGGGGAGUGUGCUGUCUGUCCACAGCCAGAUUAUGUUAAUCUACAUUGCUGAAUUCUGCUCCCCCUAGUGGACACCUUUAAGACUGCUUUGUUCUUUUCUGUUCUGUCCUGAGGUCAUGUGACACUGCAGGAAGUAGACUCUCUGUAUCAGGAAGCAGGUUGUUCUUUAUUCCAGCAGCCAUAUUUCCUAGAUUCACACUGUACUGUUGCAUCCACAUGCAUCUAUCCUUCAUCCACGCCAUCCAAGCAUCGUUGUUUUACCUUCUUUUGAUCAUACACAUUAAACAAGUUACCGGAACUUUAACAGUGUGGUGAUUGAAGGGCGAGUAAACUACCUGUCGAAUUAUUCUUCACAAUAAGGGG